AUGAAGAUCAAUUUGAAAUUAGUGUGGCCUCAUAAAUCAUCGGCGACGUUCGCAUCGUUGCUAGCAUAUAUCGACACUCGGAUUGAUUUAGACAACAACAUUAAACCUGGUGACAACAAAUAUAAAGCGUCCCUGGCUAUGAUGGCUGCGAAAAUAUCGUACGAGAAUGAAGCCUUCAUUAAAACCAAAGUCAUAGAACAUUGGAAGAUGAAAUUCUUGAAGUUUUAUAAUUUCUGGAACGAUUACGAAGAACGUUUUUCAACUCAAGCCUUCAUGCUCCAAGACACACGGGUUAACCCAAACUUGAUUGUCGUUGCAUUUAGAGGCACCAGCCCAUUUGAUGCCAAUGACUGGCGGACCGACGUUGAUCUUUCCUGGUAUGUGCUUAAAGAAAUCGGUAAAGCGAAGACCCAUAUUGGUUUUAUGAAAGCUCUAGGCCUGCAAAAAUACCAGGGUUGGCCCAAGGAGAUUCAACUAGGGAAUCACCAACAUCAAUUUGCUUACUACACUCUCAGAGAAAAGCUGAGAGUUGUUUUGCAAGAGAAUCUAGAAGCCAAGUUCAUCUUGACAGGGCAUAGCUUAGGUGGGGCAUUAGCAAUUCUGUUUGUUGCUGUGCUAAUUUUACAUGACGAGGAAUGGUUGUUGGAGAAAUUGGAAGGGGUUUACACAUUUGGGCAGCCAAGGGUUGGGGACGAGAAGUUUGGGGAUUAUAUGAAGGAGAAGAUGAGAAAAUUUGAUGUGAAAUAUUUCAGGUGCGUUUACAGCAGUGACUUGGUGCCUAGGGUUCCCUAUGAUGACAAAAACCUAUUUUUCAAGCAUUUUGGACCAUGCCUCUAUUUCAAUAGCUUCUACAAAGGGAAGGUUUUGCCGGAGGAACCAAAUAGGAAUUACUUCUCUUUGCUAUGGUUGUUGCCAUACCACAUUAAUGCAAUUUGGGAGCUUAUUAGGGGUUUCAUCAUCCCUUACGUGCAGGGUAAAGACUACAAGGAAGAUUGGGUUUUGAGAAUGUGGAGGAUAAUUGGAUUAGUAGUACCAGGAUUAUCAGCUCAUUCCCCUCAAGAUUAUGUCAACUCUACCCGAUUGGGAUCCUUGCCCUCCGAUCUUCAGCUUCCAGAUCGGACACAUGAACACAAACUUUAAAAGAGAUUGACAAAGAUGAUUCAAUUCCAUCAAUAUGUACGCAGAAAUCAGAAUUGAUAGGUGAAAA